UGCUCAUCAAUGCCACCUGUCAGUGCCCAUCAGUGCCACCUAUCAGUGCCAGUCAGUGCCGCCGAUCAGUGCCAGUCAGUGCCACCUAUCAGUGCCAGUCAGUGUCACAUAUCAGUGCACAUCAGUGUUGCCUAUCAGUGUGAAUCAGUGCCACCUGUCAGUGCCCAUCUGAGCUGCCUUUCGGUUCCACCUAUUAAUGCUAGUCAGUGCCGCUGAUCAGUGCCAGUGAAUGCCACCUAUCAGUGCCAGUCAGUGCUGCCUAUAAGUGCCACCUAU